GUGUGUGUGGCCAGCUUUAUAUCAAUUCGUGUGCGACGUCCCUUAGCAAUCUAGUUUAAUAUAAACAUCUGUGGUGUAAAGGUUUCUGUGUAAUUAGUAAUUUUUGCUAAUUAAAGAUUAACUUUAAUUUUUUUUAUGCUUAUCAAAGAUUAUGUUCUUAUGUAAAUCAUAACACUAAACAUGUAUUCCAACCAUUUGAACAAGACAAUUUCAACUAUAACCAGUACAGAAAAAGUAUUUUUAACUGAUUCGGAAUUAGAUGAAAUUGCUUCAUUUCUCGUUGGAAAUCCUCAACGUUUUAGAGAAAAUAUUAUAAUUCCUAGAAUGAUAGGACCUGUACAAAUAAAGACUAAUGAAGAAAAGAAAAUAGAAAGUGUAAUGGAAAGCUGUGCAUUUAAAAGCAUCAUGAGUUGUAUUCUUGGAUAUGGUUUAGGAGCUGCUAUUGGGCUAUUUUCCUCUAGUGUAAAUCCUAAUGUAGCAAUUGUUGAGAAGCAACAAAGUGCACGAGAAAUAUUACGGGAAAUGAAAACAACUACACAUGGUUAUGCAAAAAACUUUGCAGUUAUUGGAUGUAUAUUUUCUGCUAUUGAGUGUACUAUAGAAUCGUAUAGAGGUAAAACAGACUGGAGAAAUGGUACAUAUGCUGGUGGUUUAACAGGUGGAAUAAUUGGCUUAAGAGCUGGUAUAAAAGCAGGUCUAGUUGGUGCUGCAGGCUUCGCAACAUUUUCGACACUUAUAGAUUAUUACAUGCAUAAAUCCUAAAUUUAACUUAAUUUUAGUUAUUAAAGGUAUACUUGUAUGUAUAUUAUAUAUUGAUUUUAUAUAUAUAUAUAUAUAUAUAUAU